AUGACAGCAGCUGUCCGAGUUUUGACGACUCGAACGGUGGAUUCCUCUCCGGCGUUAUUGCUGAUCGACCCCGAUGGCAGCAAGACUUUGGUGAAUUGUGGCGAAGGAUGCCAACGCUCCUUCUUGGAACACGCACAGAAACUUUCCUCGGUGACUCGAGUCUGUUUGACCCACUUGGCCAACGAUUCACUGGGAGGAUUGCCAGGGAUGGUUCUCAGUAGUGCCGAUGCCGCGAAAGCUACACAAGUGGCCAUCAUGGCACAAAAACCGGGAGCACCACGACAACAACCAGCAGAGUCAGCCAAGAAUUCAAAUAAUAAAAAGGCCAAGCGACCUACUAUGCAUAGCACCUUGGAUCUGGGAGGGUUGGAACUCGUGGGACCCGAGGGAACCAAGUCCUACUUUCAUUCUUUGCGGCAUUUUCUCAAGCGAGAGGAAUUCAAAGUCACCAUUCGAGAAGGUCUUUAUCAGGUGGAUCCUGCUGGUAGUCAAGAAGAAGUCAGUAGAACCAGUCGGGCCAAGAAAAAGAGAAAACGACAAGAAAGCAAACAAAACGCACAAUCUACAUGUACCAAUGGCGAGCAGCAGGAAGAAGACCCACCAUCGUACUUUGGAGUCCAAACCAUUCCAAUUACCUACCACAUCCCGACAAUGGCCGCAGAGACAAAACCCACACAGGUAGUAUCCUACGUCUUUCAAACACCUCCCAUAUCUGGAAAGUUCCUGCCAGAUAAGGCAAAAGAACUGGGCAUUCCACCAGGACCUCUCUAUGCUAAAUUAAAGCGUGGAGAGAAUGUCACAUUUACCAACAAAGACGGACAAGAGUGUCAUGUAGAAGGUUCGCAAGUAGUCCUUCAGCCGACUCCGGGGAUGAUCAUUGCUGUACUUUACUAUCCGACAAUGCAAGUUUGGAGAGAAAUGCAACCCAAACUAGACAACAUUCUUGCCAACAAAAGUCAAACGGCAAAGAUUGAACUUGUCGUUCACAUGACAAGUCCCAAAAUUUUGAACGAUCCUGCUUGUCAAGCUUGGAGAGCAAAGCUACAACAGCAAGAAGGCGGUGCUAGAGACAGCGACAAUUUGCAACCACUCAACAAUCAUUUAUUCCUAGAGACCUGCGAUCCGGCAAUCCCCGCCAACUGUCAAACAAAGCCGAGUGUGUACACCAGUGCUUGUAUAGGCGCUCUUGUGAGAUCUCAAAUAUGCCCCGACUUGUACAAAACACCCGAUUACUUGCAGCAGUCCUUGGAGGAGGAGGAGUCCAACAAUCACGAGGAGCAAACCAUACCAGAGGGAGUGCGAUCGGCUGUCCCCAUGUUAGAGUACACCCUGCUUCCUCGCAGUCGAAAGGGAUAUACAGAACUGCUCCCGGUCACGCAUCUCCAGGAUCGACGCAUGGAAGGAACGCAGUUCUUGGACCGAUGUGGCGCACAGAAACAAGCACAACUCCUUCUUGAAAUUAACAAGAAGAAGCAACAAUUUGAAGCGGGCAACGGUAACGGUAACAUCCAUUCCAAAGCCGAGCUGUUGAUGACCGGCACGGGAUCUGCAAUCCCCUGCAAGCACCGCAAUGUCACGGGCAUGUGCUUACGAAUGGAUGACGGGAAGGGGAUACUCUUGGACGUUGGAGAAGGAACAGUUGGACAGCUGCUACGGGCGUCACUGACAACAACCAGUGCUGCUCCAACUGCGGAAUCUCUCCUCAAAAGUAUUCAAGCUGCUUGGAUAUCUCAUCCUCAUGCAGAUCAUCAUUUGGGACUUCUGCGGUUGCUGACAGACCGCCAGGCGGUGUUGCGCAGUGAGGAUACGAAUGGCAACAAUCAUCCACUGUUGGUGAUUGGUCCACCUCCAAUUUUGGAUUUCCUGCGAGAAUAUGAAGCGGUCGAUCCACGAAUAGCGUCAAGCUACGUUCCAUUGGACUGUCGAGAGCUGGUUCACGAUCCAAAAAGACCCCGCGUUUCCAUGCCCGAAAAAAUGAAGGCCAACACUCUCAUGGGCGGCGACGGCAUUAGUAGGAUCGAGGCCAUUCCCGUGGCUCACUGCCCCUUUUCUUUUGCAGUUGUGGUGGAAGGGACAAGUUUUGGAACCGUUGCCUACAGCGGCGAUUGCCGUCCGUCGUCACGAUUUGCACAGCGAGCACAGGCGUCAGAUUUGUUGAUUCAUGAAGCCACCUUUGAAGAUGGGAUGGAAGCCGAGGCCACCAUGAAACGUCAUUCUACUGUCGGAGAAGCCAUCAGGAUUGCCCACGAAAUGAAAGCAAAACGACUGGUGCUUACUCAUUUCUCGCAACGCUAUCCAAAGAUUCCUCCCAUCGUGACUGGGCCAUCCGCCGUCCCUAUCAUCUUUGCGUUUGAUUACAUGGCGCUGACGCCCCAAACACUCGACUUGGCCUCACAGGUCACUCCAGCUAUGCGAUCCUUGUAUCCCGAUGAGGUUUACGAGAAUGGCAGAGCCGUGCCAGGUGAUGGAGCCGCGGCAGCCUCAGCCAUGUCCAUUCCUGGAUUCUUUGCCCAGAAUCCUUACGACAAGUGA